UUUCACUGAUGACCCGGAGGCCCAAGUCCGUUUAUCAAACUCUAUGUGUGAGUAGCAUGUUCCAACAACUCAGCUUUUUCAGAACAGCCAUUACUACCACUGUUCGCUAUGAAAGAUGACAAACAGGCUCCAGUUCCUGCUUCUACAACCGAAGGACAACCUAUACGAUGUAAAGCGGCGGUUUCUAGAAGAGCUGGUGAGCCGUUGGUUAUUGAGGACAUCAUUGUGGCGCCGCCAAAGCCUCGUGAGGCUCGGAUUCGUAUUAUUUGUUCCUCUCUCUGCCACAGCGACAUCACACUUCGGAACCUUCAGGACCCUCCUGCCAUUUUCCCAAGGAUUCUAGGUCAUGAGGCAACUGGGGUUGUGGAAAGUGUUGGGAAGGAUGUAACUGAAGUUACAAAAGGUGAUGUGGUAAUUCCAGUUAUCCUACCAGAAUGUGGGGAGUGCAUAGAUUGCAAAUCAACCAAGAGCAACCGGUGCACUAAUUUUCCUUUCAAGGUGUCUCCUUGGAUGCCUCGAGAUGGCACCACAAGAUUCACUGGCCAAAAUGGAGAGAUCAUAUACCAUUUCUUGUUUAUUUCAAGUUUCAGUGAGUACACUGUGGUGGACAUUGCUAAUCUGAUAAAGAUUGAUCCAGAAAUUCCUCCUGACAGAGCAUGCCUUCUCGGAUGUGGUGUUUCAACAGGGGUAGGUGCUGCUUGGAGAACUGCAGGUGUGGAACCCGGGUCAACAGUAGCUAUUUUUGGGUUGGGAUCUAUUGGAUUAGCUGUUGCAGAGGGAGCUAGACUUUGUGGAGCAACUAGGAUUAUAGGUGUGGACAUCAACCCAGAAAAGUUUGAAAUUGGAAAGAAGUUUGGAGUCACAGACUUUGUCAAUGCUGGAGAAUGUGGGGGCAAACCUGUUGGCCAGGUUAUCAUAGAGAUAACUGAUGGGGGAGCGGAUUAUUGCUUUGAAUGUGUUGGUAUGGCAUCAUUGGUGCAUGAAGCAUAUGCUUCUUGUAGAAAGGGUUGGGGAAAAACAAUUGUUUUAGGAGUGGACAAGCCCGGAGCUAGGAUAAACCUCAGUUCUUACGAGGUCCUUCAUGAUGGAAAGAGCCUCAUGGGAUCCUUAUUUGGAGGUCUCAAACCCAAGUCUCAUGUACCCAUUCUCCUUAAACGUUACAUGGACAAGGAAUUGCAGUUGGAUAAAUUUGUCACUCAUGAGGUGGAGUUUAAGGACAUCAAUAAAGCUUUUGAUUUAUUGAGUAAAGGAGAGUGUCUUCGAUGUGUGAUUUGGAUGGAUAAAUGAGUACAUUGUUAUGUAUUCCUAGUCCUUGAAUCAUGAUUUGCAACAUGAAAAAGUUGAAGUGUGCUUUUUCCCUUUCGUAUUUGAUUAAAACUUAUUCAAUAAAGCAGAGCUGCUAUCGUAUUGCACUGCAAAUGCACUUGAAGCCAGUAAAAUAAUUAAUAGGGGAGAUAAUAGUGGUCCUUGUUGCUCCAAAGUGUUUUAGUCUGUAUAAUCCAGAAACAGCAUCAUUUGGUAUUUCCCAUUCUAUGGUAGCUAAACCAUGCAAGGAACUAUUAUCUACUUUCCACCUGAAAAACAAGCUUAAAUCAUCAUCAUCGUAUACAGAAAUCCAUCUUUCCUCUUGAAGCCUCUCCACCACUGCAAAUGUGCCUUCUGUCAGAAGGUCAUAUCUUGGAUUGGAACUCCAGAAUGUAGCCUUGGUGUAUCUCCCUUUGUAAAAUAGCCUCUUUUUGGUAAGGCUUUGUCUUACUUGAGUAAGAAGCUGAUUUGUACAGAUGAGAGAUCAAGUGGAGAAGGACCUUUUAUAGUGAUGUUCUCUCCUUUAGCCAUUGCCUGUGCUAGUUUCUUGAAUUCUUGGAUGUAUGCUGAUAAUGUGAGGACCAUACAGUGUUGAAGCAGCCUGCAAAUCAUAUUAUUACUUAUUAGUAAUAAUUUAGAUAUAGUUUGUCUCGAAGGUAAAGCCUAAAAGCUAUGGUAGCAUGUGCUGCUUGCUUAUGCCAGAUACAAGUAUGGUAUAAUGUCAGGGUCAUAAAGAACACAAGUGCAUGUUUGCAUAUGAUUAAUUUUGGGAAAUAAUUGUUGUUUUUCCUAAAACUCUUUGAUUUAUUUCUUCAUAAUAAACUGAAGCAAACACAUUAAAUUAA